AUGUCGGCCGAAAGUAAGCGAGCGACGGCGCUGCGUCGUUUUCUUCGGUGUGGACAGCGCCGACUCCAGUCCUUCCACCUUUUCCCUGUAGCCAUGGUUCGCGGACCCAAGCACCACCUCAAGCACCUUGCUGCUCCCAGCUCGUGGAUGCUGGACAAGCUGUCCGGCACGUACGCCCCUCGCCCUAGCACGGGUCCUCACAAGCUCCGCGAGGCUCUCCCUCUGGUGAUUCUGCUUCGUAACCGCUUGAAGUACGCUCUGACGGGCCGUGAGGUCCUGUCGAUCACGAUGCAGCGCAUCAUCAAGGUCGACAAUAAGGUGCGCACCGACCCGACGUACCCUACUGGUUUCCAGGAUGUGGUGUCGAUUGAGAAGUCGGGUGAGCACUUCCGCAUUCUGUACGACGUCAAGGGUCGCUUUGUCGUGCACCGCAUCACGCCUGAGGAGGCGAAGUACAAGCUCCUCAAGGUCAAGCGUGUUCAGCUCGGUGCCAAGGGUGUGCCUUUGAUCGUGACGCACGACGGCCGCACGCUCCGUUACCCUGACCCGCUCGUGCGCGUCAACGACACGGUCAAGUUUGACCUCGAGAACAACAAGAUGGUCGACUUUAUCAAGUUCGACACGGGUGCGCACGUCAUGAUCACGGGUGGACGUAACGUUGGCCGUGCCGGUCAGAUUAUUCAUGUCGAGCGUCACCACGGUGGCUUUGACAUUGUGCACGUUCGCGAUGCCGCCGGCCGUGAGUUCUCGACGCGUCUGAACAAUGUGUUUGUCAUUGGUGACUCUGAAAAGCGCUGGAUCUCGAUGCCUCGUGGCGGUGGUGUCAAGCUCACGAUCACCGAGGAGCGCGACCUGCGCUUGAGGAAGCAGAGCGAGGCUUAA